UCCCCACGGAGGAUGGCGCCGAGUGCCAGGUUCUGUCUUGAGUUGGUUCGAGUUCGUCCUUCCUCCCUGCUUCCCACCCUCCCCAGGUCCAUGCGCUAGUUGUGGGCGUGGGCUGCGGCUGGGAGGAACACUCUCUGCCUCUCCCUGGGAAGAUGCUCCGGCAAGAAAGGGACCGCAGAGCCCUUUUCUGGGCCCUGGUACGGAUGGGAGGUUGGGGUGCACCGGCAGACACAUCGCUUGGCUGCUCCCCCGUCCUCCGGAGGGACAGCGGCAGAGCGAUGAGCCUGGCGUGCUGGGGACGCACGGGGCACGCUCCUGUUGGGGUGAGGCUGAGCGGCGCUGGGUGCCUCCUCGUCUAACCUUUUCCUUUGUAGGGGACCCCACCUGAACUGUAAGUAGAGGGCAGAGGAGGCAGCGCCUGCCCGCACGCCCGCCCCAGCCUCACCGCAACAGGAGCCCCCAGGGAUUUUCAGCGGGCCCGAGAGGACCCGCAGCGGGUCUGCUGCACACAGCAGAGCAGCCUGGCGGGUCAGUGGCUUCUCCCAGGCUGCCUGGCUCCACUCCUCUGUCUCUGGGGCCCACGGGAUGCAUCAUGCCUUCCUUCUCGCCCAGCACGGCUGGCCCAGAGUUUUCCUCCCAUGGCGACGCUCCCUCCCCACCUCCCGCGGUCCCGGGGGCGGUGGGAGGGUAGCAGCGUGGUUGUGAUUGCAUGCCCACUCCCAUCAGUGGAGCCUCCUGUUAUUUUGUAGUCUUUUAUUCAUUUUACAGUAAAACGGAUUUCCAAGGAAUGCACCCGAAAGCCCAACAAGAAAAUAUGUAGGAAAGGAGGUAUGUAGCAAGCCGACCGGCAGAGAGGCACAGAGAGGAAAGAGAGAGAGAGUGAGAGAGUGAGAGGGUGCCUGGCUGGCCCCCAGCCUGCAGCACUCCUCCAGCACCUCUCUGUGCUGCCACCUGGACUGUGGACCCUCCAAGCAGCCCCCCCUGGCACCCCCUGCUUCCCCCUGGGAGGAGCCCCACGGAUGCUCCGGCCAGCCGGGAGCACAGCUCUGGGGUCAGGUCAUGAGGAUGCUCUUGUUGCUCCAGGCCUUUCAGAACAGCUUCUCCUGGGCUGAGCCUGCACUCCCACCUUCAUCCCACUGGCACUGACAGCCUCCUGGGCAUGAGGGGUGGCCUCUGAUGGCAGGAAGCACUGAAAUGCAUCCAUCCCUCAGGCUGGGUUACCCCGCUGGGGGGUGUAUGGACCUGCUCAGGGGAGGACCUGUGUGAUGGGGGACUGCAGUCCAUCCUGGGCUGAGCUUUUCCCCCAUCGCAUCCCUGAUCAUUUUGCAUCCAGAGCUCCUUGGUUGAAAGCAUAAAGCCUCUCCUGGCUUUGUAAAUGCUGCAGAUUCUGCCCUGAGCUUUGUGCCUGCCAAGGCUGCUCCCCACUGCUCACACCCCCAUGCCAGUGCCAGUCCUGCCAGUAGGGAUUUGGUCUCCAGCCCAUGGCACAGCAGCCUCCCUGAGCCCUAGCUGCCCCAUGGGCAGCUGAGCACCUCCAGUUCAGACAUGUCUGCUUUGCCUUGCCUCCACUGACCUUCCCCCAUUGCCUCUAAAUGAUCCUGUAUUCCCAACCAGUGACAUGCACAAGGGAGUAGACAUGUACAAAUGGUAGCUGGCUGAGCCCCGUGUCAGACACAAUGCCUCACCCAUCCCUCCACACAGCCCCGUGCAGGCAGGGAGAGCUGACUGCUCUGUGCAUCCCAGGAUGAACGUGUGGACGGUCAGGCAGCCAAGCUCUCCUGAAAGGCUCAGUACAGGGCACCUACCCAGCACAGGCUGCUGUCCUGCAGCACAGCAUCCCUGCAUCCCAGCCUCUGUCUCCCUGCACCCCUGGGUCUGGCGGGGCCAGUGCAGCUGGGCUUGGAGGUUUGGGGAGCGCUUUCCUUCCAGCCGUUUCCCCCAGUUCUGUUGUUUGGUUUCUUUGCUUUGCUUUUCCUGUUGCUGUCCUGGCUAUUCACACGCCAUCUCUCUGAGUGCCAAGGCUGCCCCUGAAAGGGCUGGCGCAUUAGGGAGUCUCUGCACGCUGCCUCCGGAGCCGGCUGUGCCAGUGAUCACCAGCCACUUCAAAGCGCUUCCUCUCCCGGCCCUCCCACCGGCUGCCAGGGCUGGCAGACCCCCCCAGCCCCAGCCCUGCAGCCAGGGAAGCAGCCUCCAGGUCACUGCCAGAGAGGGGGAUGAUACAAGGCAUGACAAAACACCUUGGGUGUGCUCAUCUCCUGGGUUUCCCUCCCCGCUGGCUCUGCUCACGGGCAGGGUUUCUUUGCAGCCUGUCUGCGUUGCCUCUGGUCACCUCCCAGGGAGCUGUGGGGGACAUUCCCUUUGCCCCCACUGGCCUCUGUUGACUCAUGGACCAGCAGAUGCCCAGUGCCAGCCAUGUGGACAUCCAGGUGUGGCGUGCCAAGAAUUAAAGCACCCAGACACUGGCACUUGCCUCCUGCUCUGGCCAGGCUCUGGUAGCUGUUGGCUUGAAUUAAUUGAGUCACUUGUGAUGAAACACAGAAGCUCCCACACUCCUCAUUGUGUAUCCUAGGUUAGUAAUGCUUGGGGAGAGGGUAAUGUACCUGCAGUGCUGAUUUCCUCAGGUUGAACAUUUGAACAUUGACUCAUUCUGGAAUAAUCAUGAUUACUAUUUCUAAGGCCACAGAUGAGCAGUGAUAAGCUCUCCUCUCACAGAACUGUAUUUUGGUGGCUGAAAAUGCCUCAGCUCCCUGCUUACUGGAGUUUUCAUGACUUCUGCCACCCCUAAGCUCUGUGUAUUUCAGAGCAGACAAAGGACUGAGAAUUUAUCAGUCAUGCUUGUUUAUCUCUGGGACAGAAAAACAUCCCUGUUUUCCUGCCCAGUUGUCCACGGUCAUUUCCUAUAUGGAAAUUUUCUAAAUGCCAGUCUCCUCCAUACACAUUGGUCCCUUCUCUGGUAGCAAUACAGGGCAGCAGUGCUUUGAGAGCAGCUAGCCAUGCAUGGUGCCAGGGGAGCUGGCAGCACUGAGGCUCAUUUGAGGCUCAGAUUUUGCUGCAAAAAUAGUGCUGCCCACCCAAAGACCCAUACACACACAGACACACACCCUGGGAGUACAGUACCUAUGUGCAAAAUGCAGCUCUGCCCCAUGCUCUGUGCUGCCAACACUUCCAGCCUUUUUUUGGCUGUGGUAGAUGCCAAGAUGAUUUUUCCUUUCCUUCCUCGCCAGUCUGGGCAAUCCUUGCUGCAGGGCAUGAGGAGGUGGAUGUCAUUUUUGGAGGGGAAAAAUGUGGUUGCCCUGCACUUAGCAGCUCUUCCUGGUUUUCAUUAGCGAAUGCCCAAAUCUCUCUGGCUGGGACUGCGAAGGGUCUGUGACAUUGCAGAGACAAAGGUGCAGGUCCAGCAUCUUCCUCUGCUGAGUGAGGGUGGCUGGAGCUCCCAGCAGCUCCUGGGCUCAGGAAGCUCUUGGACACCUUCUCUGCUGCUCUCCAAGAAGCUGACUUGUCCAAGUAGCAGCUGAGGCUUCCCUACAGCUGCACGAAUUCUGCAGUGCUUCCUUGCUGGAAGCUUCUUCCCAGCCCCCUGGAAGCCUGGAGCUUUGCAGAGCUGCCCGUGGGCAGAGCUCCGCUGCGGGCAGCGAUUUGCAGAGGUGAGGGUCGGGGCUGGUGCCGCCGGGGCAGCAGAGCGUGAGCAGAUGCAGAGCUUUUACAGAGGCCGCUCAGGGAUGGAGAUAACCGAGAACUCCUCUGCAUCAUCCCGGGCAGGGAGGGGCAGGGAGCAGCAGGGUGUGCUGCAGUCCCCGAGCCAGGGCUGGUGGCUAGGAGGGCUCUCAGACACAGGUCCCAGCUGAGCUGUCCCUGCCUGUGGGGCUGUGCAGCAGCAGCUCAGCAGCUGCACCGUUGUUGGCCUGUCCCUUGUCACUCCCAGAGAGGCAGCUGAGAUGCUGUGGCUGGCAGCAGGUGUCCCUUUGGGUGCAUGUAGCUAUCAGAGGCUCUGCUCCCUGCAGCGUGGUGGCUGCUUUGCAGGAGUGGGUGCCCCAGGGAGCUCCUGCUGAGGAGAGGGUGCUGGAGCUGCCUAUGGGUGCCCUGAACAGACAUUUGGAACUGGAAAGGUGUCAUCUCAGGCUCCUGCUCUUCUCUUAUCCACACCAUGCUGAGAAUGAAGGCUCAAGAACUGAGGCUCCUUACCCUGCUUUGUCUCUGUUUGCACUGGUGUCAGUGCUGUUGGUAUGGUUUACUUAAGGUAGAAUAAAUCCAUGGAUGCCCCUGUUUCAGGCAAAGUGAUUUUUUUUUUUUUUACUAAAGUUGAACUUAAAUCUUCCUAGUGGCUCAGAUAAGAGCAUAUGCAUCCUUCCUAUCGGCCUGAACAAUGUCACUUUGCAGUCAGCUUAAAGUGAAGUGGCAGACAACAGACAUUCGCCUCCUGGGUUAGUGGAGGGUGUUUUUGAUGGGUAAGGAGAAUAAGAGCCAUGAGCCCUUUUAGUUUUUCCAGCUGUGAGUCCAUAGGCUUAAACCCAUCCUCAUGAGAGUGGGUGCUGCUGCAAGGCUCUGCAUGGUGAUGUUUGUUAGAGCAGAGGAAGAUCUCCUGGGCUGGGUAUCCCUGAACAUGGCAGGAGCCAGUGGAAGGUGUUCCUGGGUGAGGGAAGUGAAGCUGUGGUUGCUCUCACGAGCUGUGGGGCAUUGGUGGGUUGUGCUGGAGGUGAACACUGCAGCAAGGGCAAAAAGCCCCCUUGGUCACAACAGUCAGUGUUGGCCAUAACCACCCUGGCACCUUCCUGCUGAUGGGGGAGGCUUGUGCUUUGCAUCUGCCACACACACAUGCCACUGCUUCCCCUUCCCCUGGCCUGCAUCUCUGCUCUCCUGCUUUGCUUAGCUUCCCAAGUGCUGCUUUCUGCCAUCUCUUCCGUGGUGCCUGAAGCUCAGGUUGUUGGAGGCUUGUCCCAGCCAUCCCUAAGCUCUGCAGCAGCAGUCUCCAGCUGGAUCCCUCCCUGCUCAGCUAGGACAGUUGCUCAGGUCACAGAGAUGCUGUCCACUGCCCUCUUUUACAACCUGACAAGUCCUCAUAGCUGAUUCCUCCAUUCUCAUCUGCACAGAGACUUUUGUCCCUGAAGGAGAUCAGGCUGGAGGGCUGCAGCCUGCCCAGCCCAGGGCUUUAACAGUGCCAGGGCCUUUGGCAGUGGAACAUGAUCUCCAGUGCCUGGGGUCAGCUUCUCAGCUCUGAAGCACAGCGUGGAUCACAUCACUGUCUGUGGUCUUCAUUAGAGAAAAAUCCCUAUCCCUUAGAAGCACCAAGGGGUUGGUGCAUAGCACUGGUUAGCAAAUACUGCAUGAGUACUUUGUCAUUUAAGUGCUUUCUGGGCUUGCAGCUCUUCCUAAUGAAGACGCAGUAGGUCAAGCCUGCAGCCUCCUGCAAAGAGGCUGAGUGGCUGCACAUGCCCAGCCAAGUGUGUGCAGGGUGGGCUGGGCAGCCAGUGUGGGAAGGAUGCAGCAGGAGGGGGAGAUGCUGGGGCUGAGGUGCUGGGGCAGGAGAUCACAGGCAUGGGGGUGGUGCUGGGUGAGAGAGGAGAAUGAUGUGAGAUGCUCAGAGGAUGGCUGGGUGGUGAGGCAGGAGGUGAAGGGGUGGGGCUGGAGUGUGGUGGGGAAAAUCAGAACAGCACAUGAGACAGGAUCCAUCCCUGCCCUUGCAGGAGCAGCUCUACCUCACCUCUUUGUGGCAGUGUGUCCCACCUGGUCUCAAACACCUCACGCUGCCUCUUCCAGUGCCUCACUACCCUUUCUGCCAGAAAGGUUUUCUUCUCAUCCUGCCUCCUGUAGCCCCAGGGCUGCCUGAGAGGGACUGGCUGUUCCACCUCACAGCAGUCUUUCACGUGUUGGGAUGCUGCUGCAGCUCCCAUCAUGCCUCUGCUCCCAGCAUUCAUGUGCCCCAGCCUUCUGCAAACUUUUCAUGCCUGCUGGAUUUUUCGAGGUUUCUGGUUGCUGCUCCUCCAGACUUUCUCCAGCAGAUCAUGCUGCUUAGGGCAUUCUACAAGCCUCUCACCCUGGUGGAGCUGCCUCACAGCCAUUUCAGAUCUCUUUCUCGUCUUCACAGAUUCCUUGUAAAUUCAAAUCCUGUCCCACUCCAUGCUGCCAUCUCUGUUAUCCACCUCCUGUGUCACCUGCAGAAUGCCACUCCCAACCUGGCGGAGCAGGGCUCCCCAGUUUUGUCUUUCUGACCAGUUUUGUGCAUUUAGUCCUGUAGUUCCAUGCAGCCACGGGCUUGCCCCUUGCUGGAGGGAGCUUUGCUGGGGGCUGUGAAAGCCCUUGCUGUGGCAAUGGGAGCUGUUGGUGGUGGCAGCAGGACCUGGGGUCAGCUGGGUGCCUGGCAGGGUGUCAGAGCCCCUUGUCCCAGGGGAAGGUCACUGGGCAGUGCAGGCACUGUGUGGGUAAGUCCUGCCUGGGGGAAACCCUGCUGUCUCCCCAGAGCUCACCAUCGCCUGGGGAGCUUUUUGUAGCAGGCAUUAGGGAGCAGAGGACUUGCAGGCAUUGGUCUGCAGCUCUAAGAGGAUGAGAACACCCAGCCUCUUCCUGAAAUUCAGACCUCCAGAGCACAGGGAUGGCACCACUUGCCUUUGUGUCUACACUGACGUGCAGUCCUUUGCAGGAGUGGGGUUUUGGCACAGGUUUUUCAGCACCCCUGCUCCCUGCCAGCCCACAGGCCACCUCUCCUGGCUCCUGCUGGCUGCAGUUUGGCUCACUGCAGCCAUCCACAGCAGCAAUCCACAUGGGGCUGCUGGGCUGGCCCAUGCCCCAGCACUGCAGGUUGGUGAAGGGGCACAGAACAUCUGUAAGGCAUUCAGGAUGUUACAGAAAUUAAUAUGUUUAGGAUUCUGCCUUGCUCAGGUCAAGCUGAUUGGUGCCCUUGAAAUCCUCAGUGAAACAUGGAACAUGUCUUGUAAGGAGGGAGUUGGGCAGGAUGGAGCCGGGCAGCUCAGGGGAGGAUCCCUGCGUGCUGUGGUGGUCUCAUGCAGUGGUACCAGUGGUUUGUGGCCAGGCACAACAAGGAGCCACACACCCUGUGGGGGUGAUGGGCAGGAACUGCCUGGUGGUCAGUGGCCCUGCAAGGCGACCCUUGGUGUGAGCUCUGCAGAGGACAGUUGUCCCUGGGCAGCAGAGCUGGGUGCUAGGAGAGGCAGCCUUGCCUGGAGCAGAGGGUGCAUGACCAGGUGGGGGCCAGGCUGGGAUGCAGGGGGUCAGCAGGUGCUUUGAGACUCAUCCACCACCAGCGCUGAUGCUGUCACAGCCCCACUCGCGUCUUCCCUGCCACCCCAGCCCUCCCAGGGAGGAUCUGGGAAGGGGCCCGGGUGAAGCAGCAUCCUGGCACACUCCUGGGGCAGCCCUGCCCGUGCCCAGCACUGCCCUGGCUCUGGGAGAGGUGCAGUGUGAGUAGCCAGCAGUGCUGUGGGGCACAGGCGUGGCCCCACUGUCUCUGCUAUCAUGCUAUUUUUGAAUUCUCUUUUUUUUUUGUGUUCUUUUUUUUUUCUUUUUUUCUUUCUUUCCUUUAUUUUGUUUUGUUUUCUUUUUAUUUCCUUUUGUUUUCCUUUUUGUUCUGUCUCCUCGUGUUUGGUCCCCAGGAGCCAGCGCUAAGAAACAGGGCGAGGACUUAGCGGAUAAUGACGGUGAUGAAGACGAAGACAUCCGGGACAGCGGCGCCAAGCCCGUCAUGGUCUACAUCCAUGGUGGCUCCUACAUGGAGGGCACGGGGAACAUGAUAGACGGCAGCAUCCUGGCCAGCUACGGCAACGUGAUUGUCAUCACCCUGAACUACCGCGUCGGAGUGCUCGGGUUCCUGAGCACGGGGGACCAGGCUGCCAAGGGCAAUUAUGGGCUGCUGGACCAGAUCCAGGCGCUGCGCUGGGUCAGCGAGAACAUCGCCUUCUUCGGGGGAGACCCCCUGCGCAUCACCGUCUUCGGCUCGGGCAUCGGCGCCUCCUGCGUCAGCCUGCUCACCCUGUCCCACCACUCGGAAGGUCUGUUCCAGAGAGCCAUCAUCCAGAGCGGCUCCGCGCUCUCCAGCUGGGCAGUGAACUACCAGCCUGUGAAGUACACCAGCAUGCUGGCUGACAAGGUGGGCUGCAACGUGCUGGACACCGUGGACAUGGUGGACUGCCUGCGGCAGAAGAGUGCCAAGGAGCUGGUAGAGCAAGACAUCCAGCCAGCCCGCUACCACGUGGCCUUCGGGCCAGUCAUUGAUGGGGACGUGAUCCCGGACGACCCAGAGAUCCUGAUGGAGCAGGGCGAGUUCCUCAACUAUGAUAUCAUGCUGGGGGUCAACCAGGGUGAAGGGCUGAAGUUUGUGGAGGGCGUGGUGGACCCUGAGGACGGCGUCUCAGGCAGUGACUUUGACUACUCAGUGUCCAACUUUGUAGACAACCUGUACGGCUACCCUGAGGGCAAGGACACCCUGAGGGAGACCAUCAAGUUCAUGUACACGGACUGGGCCGACCGGGACAACCCCGAGACACGUCGCAAGACUCUGGUGGCCCUCUUCACUGACCACCAGUGGGUAGAGCCAUCAGUGGUGACAGCCGACCUGCACGCCCGCUAUGGCUCCCCCACCUACUUCUACGCCUUCUACCACCACUGCCAGAGCCUGAUGAAGCCUGCAUGGUCCGAUGCAGCCCACGGGGAUGAGGUGCCUUACGUGUUCGGGAUCCCCAUGAUUGGCCCCACUGACCUCUUUCCCUGCAACUUCUCCAAGAACGACGUCAUGCUCAGCGCUGUGGUGAUGACCUACUGGACCAACUUUGCCAAGACAGGGGACCCCAACAAGCCUGUCCCCCAGGACACCAAGUUCAUCCACACCAAGGCCAACCGGUUUGAGGAGGUGGCCUGGUCCAAGUACAACCCCCGUGACCAGCUGUACCUGCACAUUGGGCUGAAGCCGCGAGUACGCGACCACUACCGGGCCACCAAGGUGGCUUUCUGGAAGCACCUGGUUCCCCACCUGUACAACCUGCACGAUAUGUUCCACUACACCUCCACCACCACCAAAGUGCCACCACCCGACACCACGCAGAACUCCCACAUCACCCGCCGGCCCAACAGCAAGAUCUGGACCACCAAGCGCCCCGCCAUCUCGCCCGCCUACAACAGCGAGAACGGCAAGGAGAAGUGGAGCCCAGAGCAAGAGGCGGGCACGCUGCUCGAGAGCCCCCGCGACUACUCCACCGAACUGAGCGUCACCAUCGCCGUGGGCGCCUCCCUCCUCUUCCUCAACGUGCUGGCCUUCGCCGCCCUCUACUACCGCAAGGACAAGCGCCGGCAGGACACGCACCGGCAGCCCAGCCCCCAGCGCGGCGCCUCCAACGACAUCGCCCACGCGCCUGACGAGGAGAUGCCCUCCUUGCAGGUGAGCCAGGGGCACCACGAGUGCGAAGCUGUGCCAUCCCACGACACCCUGCGCCUGGCCGCUCUGCCCGACUACACCCUCACCUUGCGCCGCUCUCCGGACGACAUCCCGCUUAUGACCCCCAACACCAUCACCAUGAUCCCCAACUCGCUGGUGGGGCUGCAGACCCUGCACCCCUACAACACCUUCACCGCCGGCUUCAACAGCACGGGGCUUCCGCACUCACACUCCACCACCAGGGUAUAGCUGCCCGCCGCCGGCGCACACGCAUGCACGCACGCACACACACGCAGCAGACACUGGCACAGGGACCGGCGGGGCCCACAGAGCCCCCGGACGGAGGGGCAGCGCCCAUGGACGGUGCAGCUCCCAGCCCAGAGACCUGUGGGGUCCCAGAGCGGCCCCAGCGCUUUCUUUUGUUCCUAUCUAACUUUUGAGAAGUGCUUUGACUCUCCUGGCCUCAGGGCCCCGUGGGUUGCCCCGGGACGCCAGUGGGGUGCAGGAGGGACACGGUGUAGUCCUGCACAACCCACCCGUGCAGGUGGGCAGGGGUACCCCACCGUCAGUGGCCACGGGGUUCCCAGUGCCGUGGCCGUGCCUCCCAGUGGGGCGAUCACAUCCCCAGUGCUGAGCCCACCGAGCACCCUGGGACUGACGAGGAGCGGGACCGGGCAUUCCUCUCAGCCAGUGCCCAGGCAUCCCCAGGCAUCUUGGCAGCCCUGGAAAAGGCUCCUUCACUGUGCUGAGAAGUGGCCCCAGGCCAUGGUGCUAUAGGCAGAGGGAAUGGGCAGAGUCCAGGGACCUGGCCUUGUGCUGGAUGCGGGCGCUGGGGCUGGUGCCGGGGCUCAGGGACCCUGGGAGCGGGGCCCUGCGCUGGAGACUUGGCACCUCUGCCCCUCUUUGCGCUGCAGAGAAUCUCUUUUGUGUCAGUCAUUUCUCUUUGCAGAGACGUUUUUUAAGCAGAUCUUUAGUUCUUUACACACUAACGGAGUCGCCGCGUUUUGUCCUUUGUAAAGAUUUUAAAACCAAGUGUUCUUGAUAUAAAAUAAAAAGCCAGUUAGAA